UCCACAGCUUAAAUUUCUCAUCCAUCCGCCUAUAUUUUUUAAUCCCUAAACUACCCCUAUACUUUUAUUAAAUGCCAAAUCUAAACUAAUCAAAGAUAACAAAUAAAAGGCCGUCCCCAAGAAAACCCAAGAACCAAUCAAUAAUCAAAAUUCAACAUAAAUCAAAACAUGAUCGUUAGAACUUACGGUCGCCGAAACCGGGGAGGGGCUCCCGGAACCUAUUCCGAUUCUCUUGACGGCGACAACGACCCCAGCGUUUUUGAUUCUCUAUCCCAAGAGACCUCCCAAGAUUUCUGCAGCUUCAAUUUAUUAUCUCAAGAGUCGAGCUCCAUAUGGUCUUCCUCUUUCGAUCCCGACCUGUACGGGCAUUGUUCGUCCCAGAGAUCAUCGUCCCAGUUCGAAGAUGCGUUGUCGAACGACACGGUUAGGAAGACGAAGAGAGCUAAGAACGGGAAGAGGGAAGCGGGAAAGGCGAUGACAUCGUGGGUUCCGUCCAAUUCCACUACGUUGAUGGAGGCGCAGGAGUUUGGAGAGAUGAUGGAGCAUGUGGACGAGGUGAAUUUUGCACUCGAUGGGUUAAAGAAGGAGCAGCCUGUGCGGAUCAGGAGGGCGAGCUUGUUGUCACUGUUGUCAAUUUGUGGGACGGUUCACCAGCGUAGACUCCUGAGGACUCAGGGGAUAGCAAAGAAUAUAGUUGAUGCUAUUUUGGGUCUUAGCUUUGAUGACUCACCCUGCAAUUUGGCUGCUGCUGCUCUUUUCCAUGUUUUGACUAGUGAUGGCCAAGAUGAUCACCUUUUGGAAUCGCCUAGUAGCAUUCGUUUCCUAAUCAAAUUGUUGAAACCAGUAAUCUCUGCUGCUACUGUAGAUAAAGCGCGAAAUAUGGGCUUUAAGCUCUUAGCAUUGCGCAAGGAUAUUGGCAUCUCACGCGAGGUGUCCACAGUGUCGGAUUCCAGUGCUGCUGCUAUUUUAUCCAAAGUUCAGCAAAUUCUUGUCAGUUCCAAAGACGUGAAGUCAUGGGAUGAUGGUGAAAUGGAGAGGCUCGAGUUGAAUGCAAAGUGGAUGGCGUUGUUGACUAUGGAGAAGGCAUGCCUAUCUAAGAUCUCUUUCGAAGAUGUAUCUGGUGCAGUCAGGAAGACUGGUGGCAAUUUUAAGGAAAAGUUACGAGAGCUUGGUGGCCUUUAUACUGUCUUUGAGGUUGCGAUGGAAUGUCAUAAUGUUUUUAAGAGAAUGGUAGAAUACAGUCAACCUUCUACUCCAGAUGUAAAAGAUUAUUUGGAUCUACAAAGCCUUGCAAUAUUAUUGAAGUGUUUGAAAAUUAUGGAAAAUGCCACAUUUUUAAGCAAAGAUAAUCAGACUCAUUUGCUUGGAAUGAGAGGAAAAUUGGCUUCUCAUGGAUCAAAAUUAUCUUUUACAAGUCUUAUUAUAAGCAUCAUCAAAAUUUUGUCUGGUUUUUAUCUUCUUCAACAUCCUCCUGCCACCUCUGGUAAUGAAAAGUGCAGUCUAUUUGAUGCUGUGGACAACAAAGUAGACUCCAAUGAGGCUAAGUCAAUUGGCUCUUCUAAAAGGUGUUCCAGCACAGGGAGGACAUCCUCCGAAAUAAGCCUUAUUUCAUCACAGAGAAGUUCAAGGGAAUCUUAUGCCCAUCAUUCUGUUUCUAGUUCUGAAAGUGCCACUACAUCUAUGAGAGAUUCAUGCUUAAUAAAGACAGGACUCAGCUCUUCUAGUUCUGGUUCAUGUCAUGGAGCAGUAUUAAGGAUUUCCAGUAGUGAAACACUAGGAACUAGUAAUGGGAUGAGAAUCAAUUUUGAUCAUGUUGAGAGAUCUUGUGGUUCAAAGGAUAUAUCGUGUGAACUUUUGAAAGAGAGUCAAGAUCCUUUUGCAUUUGAUGAAGAUGAACUCGCGCCCUCAAAAUGGGAGGUGUUGUCUGGCAAAGAAAAAAUAUCCCGAAUUAAAAGAAAUAUCUUAAAGGACAAAGAAUUUGGUAAUCAGCUUAUGAUGAGUCAAGAAGCAUCAAGUGGAUUAGAAAAUCACCAGAAAGAAUUAGGUGACCUGGAUCACCUUCUUUCACUUGAAAACAUGUCUUCCCCUGCUGCUGACAAGGGAAACUCUGGCCUUCUGUCCGACUGCCUUCUUACUGCCAUCAAGGUUCUGAUGAAUUUAACAAAUGAAAAUCCUGUUGGCUGUCAGCAAAUUGCGGCCUGUGGAGGACUUGAGACCAUGUCAUCAUUGAUUGCUGAUCACUUUCCUUUAUUCAGCUCACCUUCACUUCCAUUGAUUGAAACAAAAGAAAACACGUCACGCAGUGAACUACAGCAUCAAAGUGAUCAACAUCUUACUGAUCAAGAGUUAGAUUACCUUGUUGCUAUACUGGGCCUGCUUGUGAACUUGGUAGAGAAAGAUGCAUCUAACAGAUCACGGCUUGCCGCAGCAAGUAUUGUUUUACCUGCCUCAGAUGGAUUAGAAGAGGAGAGCCACAGGGACGUAAUUUCACUACUGUGUUCCAUCUUUCUGGCCAACCGUGGGGCUGGUGACGCAUCUGAAGAAGGAAACACUGUGUCAUGGGAUGAUGAGGCAGCUUUGCUGCAAGAAGAGAAAGAAGCUGAGAAGAUGAUUGUACAAGCUUAUGCAGCCCUGCUACUUGCAUUUCUUUCGACGGAAAGCAAAAGUGUACGUGAUGCAAUUGCCAACUUCCUUCCAAAUCGCAACCUGACUGUUCUUGUACCUGUUCUGGAGAGAUUUGUGGCAUUUCAUUUGACGUUAAACAUGAUUUCACCGGAGACUCACAUAUCCGUGAUGGAAGUCAUCAAAUCAUGUAGGGUGCCGUGAAAGCUCAAGAUAUGGAAAUCCUGUACAGCCUUCAAAUUGCCCUCAGAUCGACUCCUUGUUGUCUGACAAUGUCGUUUAGUGGAAGGACUGCUGGAGCACACUGAGUGGAACUAACAUUAGGAGUGUUUUAUACUUUUGAUUUUUUGCUCCCUUAUGCUUUUCUUUUUGAAUGGUGCAGGCCGAGUCACUUUUAUUCGUCAAUGAAAGUAGAAUCAAAGUAACUUUUCUCUCCGAUGUAUUUUCCUAGUUGUAUUGUUGUUGAUUAUGGUUUUUGCUGACUCUCUUUUGUUUGAAAAGUUCCACCUUUGGGUGAAUUUUAGUAGGGGCACGUUGUGUAAUCCAAAAAAGAGUAAUAGUGAAUACAUUCAUGUUUUGCGCUCGA